GAAAAUACUUUAUCGUGAUCUUGAAUUGAAUUGGCUGAGGCUGUCCUUUGCAAAAUACUUCAUUGAUUGAUCUCAGAUUAGAUAGGGCUGUCCUGUACAGUGUAUUGUGCCGUCUCUCUAAAGCCUAGGCCCUGCAACUAGUGUUUAAAGUUUAAACACUUUCAUGGCAGCAAUUGGCUCAACUUAGAUUUGAAGACUCGGAUUGAUGUCUUGGUUUGUACACUAGAGUUGCGGUGCUGAAUGAUGUAAGGAAGAAACCUGAAUAAAAAAAUGACAUUUAUCAAAAAAUACCGAAAGUUGAGGAAAGGGGGAGAAGGAGCAGCGACGUGAAUAGAGGGGGGAAGGUGAGAGAAGGAGCUUUGUGGGUUUAAAUAGCAGGAUAAAAAUAACAUUUUUCCCAUGUCGAGGUCUGUGGGGUGUGAACUUCUGUUUAGAUUUUUCUACUUUGAAUGCUGAAGAUGGAGACGAUAGCCCUGAGUUCUUCAAAGCCUUCCCUCCCCUUUACCAUUGCUCACCAAAUAGUACUACCUCUCUCUCUCUCUUUCUCUGUCUCUGUCUCUGUCUCUGUGUUCUUGAACAGACAAUGGUUGGUAGGUAUGAGGGGUUUUUAUUUGCUUUGCAUGCAAAGGUUAUAGAUUUGUGGAGUACAAGCACUCAAGUUCAGGAGGCACUAUUUAAAAAGCUUCUGCUUCAUUUUACGCUUUGUAACUACUCGAAGUUCAACCAUGACUUCUCAAGGCCAGAGAGACUGUGACAGUACAGCAAGUACACUGAAAGCCCCACAUUUCUUCAAGAUAAUUCUCCCUCGUUGUCUUCAAGACAGGAAACUUAGGUUUCCGAAGAAGUUUGUAAGGAAAUAUGGAGAAGGCUUGUCAAACUUAGCACUCCUUAAGCUUCCAAAUGGUGCAGAAUGGAAAGUAGAGUUAAGACAAUGUGAUGGUGGGGUUUGGUUUCAGAAGGGUUGGCAAGAAUUCUUGGAGUAUUAUUCUAUAAAGUUGGGGCACUUGUUAGUCUUUAAAUAUGAAGGACAUUCUCGCUUUAAUGUACUUGUAUUUGAUGAGAGUGCAACAGAAAUUGAGUAUCCUUUCAAUAGCUCCCUUGGAGAGGACAAGCUUGAUGCAGAAAUCUUGGCUUCUCCAAUGGAAGAAACCCGGGCUGAUGGUUCUGUUGAAAUAUUGGAUGACUUUCCAAAAGACACAAAAACUAGGGAGAAAUCAUGGUUACCAUGUCCUCGAGCUCACAAGAUGAUGAGAACCAAUCCUAGUGAAAAAACUACAAGUAAUUUGAAUAUGCCAAGAUUGGCUCAACAAAAUUUGCAUUCUACCAAGCAGGAGCUUGAAGAGCAAUGCCCAAAAUAUAAUGUCCCAAGGACUCGAACAAUGAGGGUUGAUGAAAAAACAAGAGCUCUUGAAAAAGCAAGUGGCUUUAAACCUGAAAAUCCUUAUUUCGUGGCUGUCAUGCAGCCAUCAUAUGUGGGUUCUAAAAACUACCUGAAUCUACCUUUAAGGUUUGCAAAGAGUUAUUUGAAUAAGAAGGUAGAUACUAUCAUCCUUCGGGUUUUAGAUGGGAGAUACUGGUCUGUCAAGUACAUUUUCCAAAUGAGUGCUACAAUGUCGAGAGGUGUGUUUGGAUGUGGUUGGAAAGUGUUUGCACAAGACAAUAAUCUGGAAGUAGGUGACGUUUGUGUUUUUGAACUGAUUGAGGGCAUCGAAACUUCUUUCCAAGUUGUGAUUUUCCAUGCUACUCAAGAACAUUGCCCUCAAUCUCCAGGGGAGCUUAAGUUUUCAGCUAAAAGAGAGAGUAGAAACAUGACUAAUUCUCCGACGCGCCGUCAAUCUCACAUUUCCAAGAGGCAACAAUGGACUGCCAGGGACAAAGCUAGAGCUCUUGAGAGAGCUAGCUCUUUCAAGUCUGAAAAUCCAUUUCUCAUGGUUGUCAUGUGGCCGUCACACGUUUGUAAAAAUAGCAACUUGGUAAGCUUUGAAUUCCAGGCUGUGCCUGAUAGCUUUCUCAAGAGCAGAUAUAUGAAAGAAAGGAGACGGAUAGUGAUGCUUCAGGUCGGGGAUGAAUCAUGGCCAGUGACUGUUUUGACUACUAGUGCUCGGGUUACCAUGUCUGGUGGUUGGUCUACUUUUGCAAGGGACAAUAAACUGCAAACAGGAGAUGUUUGUGUGUUUGAACUGAUUAAAAGUGACGAUGAUAUACUGAAAGUAUCCAUUUUUAGAUGCCUCGGUUAAGUGGUUGCUAGAGUAGGGUUAUAAUUAUAUUCGAGGAACUUAAUUAUAUGGUGGCGGUAAUUUACAGACCUCGUCUUCCGCACUUUGAUGGAGACUGAUUUCGUUGUGAUUGUCGCCCCCCUAAUUCUUCUAUUAUCUGUUAAUGACUUGAAUUAUAUUUGGAGUUAUUGUCACAAAUUGGAAUCGAGUAAUAUUAUGGUUUCUGACAA